AUAUACUUGUGGGGUCGCAUAGAAUCCAAUCCCUCUCUCUCUCUCUCUCUCUCCCCAAAAACCAAACCCUAAAAUUUCUCCGGCGGACCCCAACCGCCACCGCCAUGGGCUCCGAGAUGGCCCUCCAAGACUACCUGUCCCCGGACCCACCACACCACCACCACCACCAACUUCCCACACUCAAGCGUGAGGACCCUACCCAAAACGUCGCCGUUCCGGCGGCGGUGCUCACCUCCACCACGACCGUCACUACCGUGACGACUGCUGAAGACUCGGCCAGGACGACUCAGCAGCUCAGCCGCACUCGGAGGUCGGCCAACACCAAGGACCGCCACACCAAGGUCAACGGCCGCGGCCGCCGUGUCCGAAUGCCCGCCAUGUGCGCCGCCAGAAUCUUCCAGCUGACCCGCGAGCUCGGCCACCGCUCCGACGGCGAGACCAUCGAGUGGCUCCUCCGCCACGCCGAGCCCUCCAUCAUCGCCGCCACCGGCACCGGCACACACCCGGCGCAGCUCUGCACCUCCACCCCCGCCAUCUCCGCCUCAAUGCCCUCCCUCCACUGCCGCCCCACCAUCAGCACCGUCAACACCACCGGCGCCGCCGGUCAGCUCGUGUACCACCUCCAGCAGCACCCUGUUUCCCAGUCCCACCAGCAGCAGCAGCUGAGCUGCCGGCUUGACUUGUGCCAGCCGCUGCCCGGUUUGGACUACUCGGCUGUGGCCGGGAACAACAACGGCGGGUACCAGAACAGCCACGGGUACAACCACCAUGGAUUCACGGCGCUGCUGUUGCAGUCUGGAGUGGGGGACGGGGGAGACGCCGCCUCCGGAGAAGGCUCUCAGGGACUCGACUAGUCUAGUCGAACUGAGAGUCUGUAUAUCACAAGGAUAUAGCAAAUAAUAGAGAGGGUAGUGAUGUAAUGGAGGAGGUUCUAUUCUGUUGAGCUGGGUUUCGAA